CUGUCUCAAAAUAAAUAAAUAAAUAAAUAAAUAUCCCAUAUACCCCUUAAAUAUAUAUACCUAUUAUGUACCCACAAAAAUUUUAAAAACUUUUAAAUUUAGAAUUGAAAAAUUAUCUAGUGCAUAUAAUAAAAUGCACAGCAUGAUGCUUUUUCACAAAUAGAAUACUCCCAUAUUAUUAACACCCAGGUAAUGAGUCACAACAGCCUUGGAGCCCAGAAACCACUUCUGCCCUCUCCCAAAUCAGUAUCCCCCUCCUGUUAUCACUAUCCUUAUUUCUAACUGGGCUGUUAAUUUUUUAUAAAAACCCCAGAACAUUUUGGAUAUUAAUUUUUUAUAAGCAAUAUUACCUUUACAAUAUAAAAUGUAAAAAAAAAUAGCCUUAAAUUAAGGAUUUAUUUAUGCAACAACAAAAUGAUCUCAUCAAAUUCUGGAAACACAAAAAUAAAGGUUUCCAGUUCCAAGAAGCUCACAGACUAACAGGAGAAACAAAACUAAAUGAUUAAAUAACAUUUCUAGGCUGGGCACGGUGGCUCACGCCUCUAAUUCCAGCACUCUGGGAGGCUGAGACGGGUAGAUCACUUGAGCUCAGGAGGUAGACUCCAGCCUGGCCAACAUGGUGAAACCCCCAUCUCUACCAAAAAAAUACAACAGUUAGCUGGGUAUGGUGCAUCUGUAGCCCCAGCUACUUGGGGAGGCUAAUGUGGGAGAAUCACUUGAACCUGGGGGCGGAAGUUGUGGUAAGCCAAGAUUGUGCCACUGCACCCCAGCCUGGGUGACAGAGACCCUGUCUCUAAAUAAAUACAUAAAUAAAUGAGUUUUGAUAGAAAUAUGAAUCCACUUGCAGUGCUGCCACUGCAAGGGAAGACUAAGGCAAGCUGAGAAAGGUUUCAUGGAAAAGUGAGACUUUAAAGGAUGAAUAGAAGCUGGCAGUCAUCUGUUACCAUCAACAAUGGAAAUAAACAGAAACUAGCUCUUUAAGAAACCGUCUACAGGGAGGCCUGGCUACUGGUUAAUCCUACCUGGUUUGGCUUCUGAAGCCAUCAGUCAAGAUGACAUCACCAUUGAUCAGGUUUCUCAGGGCGGUGUGCAUUUGCCAGGUGUGUAAUGAGGAAAAGGAAGUCUCUGGAAUCCUCCCCUGGCAUCCCAGGAGGCAAAAGCUAUGCACUGCACAGAGGCUGGGAAGGCUUUAAUUAAAUUCAACCACUGUGAGAAAUACAUCUACAGCUUCAGGGUGCCCCAGUGCUGCCCUCUCUGCCAGCAGGACCUGGGCUCGAGGAAGCUGGAGGAAGCACCUGUUAGCAUCGCUAAUCCAUUUACUAAUGGACAUCAGGAAAAAUGUUCAUUCCUCCUCAGACCAACUCAGGGGACGUUUCUUAGGGAGUAUGAUGGAAGGUCUAAUCUUCAUGUUGGAAUAACUAACACAAAUGGGGUUGUGUAUAAUUACAGUGCACAAGGUGUCCAGCGAGAUGGAGCAGGGUGGGAGCAGAGCAUAAGCAUCCCAUUACUGCAGCCCAACAUGUAUGGAAUGAUGGAGCAAUGGGACAAGUACCUGGAAGACUUCUCCACCUCGGGGGCCUGGUUGCCUCACAGGUAUGAAGAAGACCACUACAACUGCUACACUUACACACUCAUGUUCAUUAACUGUGUUCUGAUGGCAGAAGGUAGAGAGCAACUGGACAAGAGUGAAUUUACAGAGAAGUACGUGGUCCCUCGGACAAGGCUGGCAUCCAAAUACAUCACACUCUACCGGGCAAUACAGGAGCAUGGCUUCUAUGUUACUGACCGCCCCCAGCAGGAGGCACAAGCCCCUGAGGGCAGCGGUUUGUGCUGAGACCUACCUAAGUGCAGUCCGGACAAUGGGGGUAGGAAGCUUGCUACCUUUCAUCAGUACUAUGAAUUUCUAAAUGCAUUUAACUGUGGUCAAUAAAAACAUGUAUGGGUUGGGCACUGUGUCUCACACCUGUAAUCCCAGUACUUUGGGAGGCCAAGGCAGGCAGAUCGUCUGAGGUCAGGAGUUCGAGACCAGCCUGGCCAAAAUGGUGAAACCCCAUCUCUACUAAAAAUAUAAAAAUAUAAAAAUUGGCCAGGCGUGCUGGCAGGUGCCUGUAAUCCCAGCUACUUGGGAGGCUGAGGUACAAGAAUCACUUGAACCCAGGAGGCAGAGGUUGUAGUGAGCCAAAAGCGCAGCACUGCACUCCAGCCUGGGAGACAGAGCGAGACUUCAUCUCAAGAAAAAAAAGUGCAUAGUAAGCUCAUGAUGGUGAACAACAGUAAAACAAAACCAAACCAAAAACCCCCUCAGAAUCUAAAUCAGGAAAUGGUUACUCCUUUUAAAUGAGCUCUUCAGGGUUUAUUUGCACAAAAGGGCCUGGCGAUGCCUCGAAUCAGUAAAAUUCCAACCUGUGUCCUUUUCAUUUGGCCUGACCCAACACAUGGAGGUUCAGAGUUGGGUCUGCCACCACAAAGUACUUCCUAUGCCCACUGGAAAGGCAGAGUUCAGAAAGGACACGAAGAGAGGGCUCUCUUCUUUCUCUGAUACCUUCAGGAGGAGUCUGGGGAAACUGGGAUCAGUAACUGGGGAUUUUUAACAAGUAUGUUGGAGUUUGUGUACUGAAAGAAUCAUUGAACUUCAAAAGGCCAACAUGCACAACAUUCCCAAAUUCCUCUUUGGAAACUUCUUCCAGAACUCACUUUUAGACCAAAUGUGAUGUACUACUUUACUUAAUCUUAUUCCCCAGCCUUGGUACCAAUUGAUGUCUAAUUUCCAAAAAUCAAAAACCCAUCUUAAAGGCAACAAUAACUGCCUCAUGUUAAAAUAACUUAGGGGGAAGCCAUUACACCAAGAUGGAUCCAACACCCAGUUCCACAUUAAACUAAAUGAAACUUAAGCUCAGCCAAUCCUAAAUGGCCAACUGACCAUUAGUUACACAAUCAGAUACUUACCACUGGGAUAACCUAAAUAAGGCAACCUCAAACCUCAACCAACUUCUCGUCUAUGCUUCCUCAUAUACCCUCUAAAAGCCUCCCUUCAUACUCUUCCCGGGAAGCCUGAACCACUUCCGUUUUGGUGCGGCUUGAUUCAUGAAUGGCUGUUUGCUCAAAUAAACUCUUUAGAUUUUAAUGUGCUUUAUCCUUUAACAUUAGGAAGGAAGAUAUUCAGAAAACUUGCUACAGAUCCUUAAAGCUUGUUUCCAAAGAGGCAUUCGGUCUAUGUUUCAGCACAGUUAACUUCAGUGGGAAAGAAUGUAUGGCAUAGCAACAUUUGCAUUUAUAAGUUCAGGUACUUUCCUUUAAAGAGAUACAAAACUGCCCAUCCAGAAUUUGAUACCAUUUUAAGCAAAACUGUGACUGCUAUUCUACGGCAUUCAAGAAGUCCACAAAACCCCAGACAGUAAAUAUGAAAGAAUUCCAAUUUACUUCCAUUCUUCCACGUUAUAUUAGGAUUUAGCUUCUCUAGUCUAAUUCUUUACCAAUUAUAACAGCAGCUGCAUUUAAUAAGCAUUCAUAAAGGACUCCACACCAGAAGAAACACUAUUCUUCCUUGCCAAUCCUCAAGACCAUCCUCUGAGGUAGGUCCUAACAUUAUGCCUCUUUUACAGAUGAAAAGAGAAACUGAGGAAAUUAUUUGUCCAAAGUCAUACAGUGGCAAAACUGGGGGUUCAAACCAAGGCUUGACUGCAAAAGCUGUGCCCUUAACCCCUGGGCCACACUGCAGAGGUCAAGAAGACAACCCCCAGCAAACUGGAAGGGACCAACUGUACCUACUAUGUGCAGAAACUAGGUCAAUACUUUGCCAUCAUUAGAGAAGAAAAAGGAGAAAAUAAGGAUUUGUUUUUAUCAACAUUCAAACAUGGAAAGGAGGUAAACAAUAAAAGUCAGCUAAAAUAAAUAGUAUAAGGAAUGCCUAUUUUAUGCUCAUUUCCCUUAGGGGCUGCACCUCUUUUCUUUUUCAUUUAUUAUUUUUCUUGGAGACAGGGUCUUCCUCUGUUGCCUAGGCUGAAGUCCAGAGGCACAACAAUGGCUCACUGCAGCCUCGACCUCCUGGGUUCAGGCAAUUCUCCUACCUUAGCCUUCCUGGUAGCUGGAACUACAGGUGAAUGCUAUCAUACACAGUUAAUUUUUAAAAAAUUAUUUGUGGCUGGGCAUGGUGGCUCACGCCUGUAAUCCCAGCACUUUGGGAGGCCGAGGUGGGUGGAUCAUGAGGUCAAGAGAUCAAGACCAUCCUGGUCAACAUGGUGAAACCCUGUCUCUACUAAAAAUACAAAAAAUUAGCUGGGCAUCGUGGCACGUGCCUGUAAUCCCAGCUACUCAGGAGGCUGAGGCAGGAGAAUUGCCUGAACCUAGGAGGCAGAGGUUGCGGUGAGCCGAGAUCGUGCCAUUGCACUCCAGUCUGGGUAACAAAAGUGAAACUCCGUCUCAAAAAAAAAAAUUAUUUGUAGAGACAGCACCUCACUAUGUUGUCCAGGCUGGUCUCUAGUGAUCCCCCUACUUAAAGUGCUGGGAUUCUCACCCCUUUUCAAGGAAAGCUUUAGAUUUCCUAUUUUAGGGGGUGCUCUCUAAUCUGUGGGUGACAUUGGCAAAAGCUUGCCUCAUACUUCUCUCUCAAUUUUCUGCAGGCUAUUAAUUCCCUCCUUUUUCUUUUUUUUUUUUUGAGUCAGUUUUGCUCUUGUUGCCCAGGCUGGAGUGCAGUGGCAAGAUCUACACUCCACUCCCAGGGGCUAGCCCCAUGCCUUCUAAGGAUGACUGCCCAAUUCUUGCCCCUAGGAUCCUCAGAAGACAGGAUGGAGCUGAUUUAGCUUGCUCUGAGAUGGUGCAGCGCCAGCACACAGGCCUUCAAUAAGUCUGUUGCCUCAUUCUACAUUUUGUGAAUAAUGUCUGUAUUUGUCAUCAGGUGGGUGGGCCGAUCUUCAAAAAGCACAUUUCUGUUCUCAACCCACAUUUAGCUCUGAAUAUAAAGCAAACUGA